AUUCUUUUCUCGCUUUUUAUUUUUUUUUAUUUUCUGGUCAGUUUACAUCUCUACUAUUUAUCUACCUCAGGAAAGUUUUUACUCAACAGAACAAUAAUGGAUCUUAAGCUUGGUUUUUGUGUUAUCUCCCUGAAUCUCCUAAUUCUGCUGGUUGUUAAUGGAACAGAAGCUAGGAAAGUGGCUGAAGGAAACCUGCAGGGAAAAAGAUUGAACUUUCCAGUUGCUGAUGAAGUUGUCCAGAAGACUAAUGAUAUCUAUUUUUGGAUUUAUGAUAACCAAGGAGAAAAAGAUUAUCACAGAGCAGUAAAAGAGAAUGCCCAAGUUCAUCCAUCAUCAAAUAACAAGAAUCUUGAAAACAAGGAUGACACUUAUUUCUGGAUAUACCUGGGUGAAAAUAUUCAGCUGAGCAAUCACAAAAGCAAGAAAGAGAAUGUCGAUAAUUAUUCUUGGAUAUACAAUAACCGAGGAGAAAAUACUAAGCAAACUAGACAAGAAGAGAGUGACAAACAAGGAGAAAAAAUUCACCAGCAAGCAAAAACAGAGAAUUCCUAUUUCCGGAUUUACGGCAAACAAGGAGAAAAGAUGCAUCGGCAAGCAAAAAAAGAGAAUUCCCAUCUUAGGAUUCUUGAGAAACGAGGAGAAAAUAAGCAUCAGCAAGGAAAAACAGAGAAGACACAUAUCCAUCCAUCAUCCCAUAUGGAUCAUGUAGAUCCUUCUCUAAGAGUUUUCUUCCUUAUGGAUGAUCUAAGGAUAGGAAAAGCAAUAACUGUUUCUUUCCCAAGAAGGGAUCUUUCUUCUUCUCCAAGUUUCUUGCCCAGAGAAGAAGCCGAUUCCAUUCCAUUUUCACUAAAGGAACUACCAAACCUUCUUCAACGUUUCUCAUUCUCUAAAAACUCUCCACAAGCUAAAGCUAUUGAAGAUACACUGAGAGAAUGUGAAGUUCCACCUAUAAAGGGAGAGACAAAGUACUGUGCCUCAUCCUCCGAGGCAAUGCUUGAUUUUGUUCAAGGAAUCAUGGGAGAAAAAACCCAAUUCAAAGCUCUGUCCACAACUCAUUUAUCAAACUCAACUCCACUGCUUCAAAAGUAUAUUAUUUUAGAUGCUCCACUAGAAGUUGCAGCUCCAAAAAUGGUGGCAUGUCAUACCAUGCCUUACGCUUAUGCGGUGUUCUACUGUCAUUACACAAUUAGCAAAAGCAAGGUGUUCAAGGUUUCAUUAGGUGGUGAAAAUGGUGAUAAAGUGGAAGCAAUUGCUGUUUGUCAUUUGGAUACCUCUGAAUGGAGUCCAUCUCAUGUAUCUUUCCAAGUGCUCGGUAUAUUACCAGGAAUGUCACCUAUCUGUCACUUUUUUCCAUCAGAUAAUCUAGUGUGGGUUCCAAAAAUUGCCACUGUACAAGCGCUUUGAAGGAGCAGUAGCACCAUGUUGGCAGUAGUUUUUACUUCUUUACUUCUUUAGUGCCUUAUCUGUUAUUGCUUAUAUGUGUGCUAGUAUUUGCAUGUAUCUUUUUUCUGUUUUUUCAGUGUACUUUUAUCUAGCUUUCUUUCCAGUUGUGUGAUCUUAAUAAAACAAUGAGAUUUUCUGGUAA